GAUGAAGAAAUGGCAGAAGCCAAGGAAAAACAGAAGCAGCAACAGCAGCUUCUGCUUGACGAAGAAAGUAUCACUGACAAAGAUUUUGUGGACAGCCAAAACAACCAUCAAGAUAGUGACCCUAGAAUGGAAGACUAUUAUUCUGACUCAAAUGUUAAUGGUAAAAAUGUUCAGAAGGACCUUAAUGCAUCUAAAAAGUUUUGCUGCAAUGAUUGCGGGUUCAGUACAAAUCAGCAAGCUGAGCUGUCCAUACAUGUGGCAACCAACCAUCCCACUACAGAAGCUUUUGAUUGUACAGAAUGUGAGUUUACUGCACCAACGGAGGAAAUCCUUAACAAGCACAUGCAAGAUUUGCAUCUCAAGUUGAAACCAUUUAAGUGUAAAGGAUGCAGUUAUGUUUCAUCACAGAGAGUUCUACUUGAUAAGCAUAUUAUGCGCUUCAAUCUUGGUCUGAAGCCCUUCAAGUGCAUGCAGUGCGACUUUGCAACUAUUUGGGAGUCAUGUUUGGUGACGCAUAUCCAAGUCAUCCCUCUCACAGACACUCCAUUACAGUGUGACCAAUGUGGAUUCAAAGCCAUGCAUCAGUAA